GUUGGAGCGAGCCUUUAUAAACGGCAGGCAGAAGCAGCAUCUCUCAGUGUCAAAGGAACUGACGUCCUUUCACGCGAUGUGACUCGGCAUCCAACUCAAGAAGGAUGAGUGGGAAGAUCAGACAUAAAACCCGGAGGUCCUUUGGGGCUACCGCACCACCUUUCCUUGACUACCUGAAAGAUAUUCUUCGUCGAUAUCCUGAUGGUGGACAAAUUUUGAAGGAACUCAUUCAAAAUGCUGAUGAUGCUUGUGCAACAGAAGUGAUUUUCAUCCAUGAUGAGAGGAGCUAUGGCACUGAGAGUCUUUGGAAUGCCAAUCUUGGACAAUACCAGGGCCCUGCUCUGUAUGCCUACAACAAUGCUGUGUUUACUGAAGACGACUGGGAAAGAAUUCAAAUGGCUGGAAGAAGUGGCAAGAUCAAUGACCCGAAUAAAAUCGGGAGAUUUGGAAUUGGCUUCAACUCCAUUUAUCACAUAACAGAUGUGCCCAGUAUUUUCAGCUCAGGACAUCUGGGAUUGAUGGACCCCCAAGAGGAAAUAUUUGGUGAUAAGGGGUUUCGGUGGUUUUUGAAUGAGGUUGAAGACCAAGAAGCUUUGAUGACAAUGCAUGACCAGUUCCAGCCCUACAGAGACAUAGUUUCAGUUGUAGGCAAGCAAGAAUGGUCAAAAAUCAUAGAGGAUCAGCACUUCUCUGGGACACUUUUCAGGUUCCCGUUACGCAACAAAGCAUCAGAGAUUUCAGACAAUCUGUAUGAUUCUGACAAAGUGGUUGAGCUUUUUGAUAGCUUCAUUGCAGAUGCAGACUUGAGCCUUCUCUUUUUGAAAAGUGUGAACACUGUGUCCUUGAUCCACAUCAGUCAGGAUGGUACCAUUAACACCAGGCUUCAAAUAAAAUCCUCAGAACCAACAGAAGUUCUUCUGAAGCAAGAAGAUGAGUCUGAUGUUGAAAGCUCGACAAGAAUCAAAUUGAUAACUCUAAAUUCGGAAGAUCAGAAAAAAACACAAUGGCUUCUAACAACAAGCACCAUGAAAGAGGGAAAAGCACCAAACCUUGAUGACCUUGCCAAAAAGUUGAGCUUUUUACCCAGAGUUGACUUGGCAUUUCCACUUGAUGAGCAGAGAGACUGUGGUCAAGGCAGAUUGAGCUGCUUCCUCCCUCUCCCAAACAAUGAAUCCAACAAGACCGGUCUCCCAGUUUAUGUCAACGCCUGCUUUGGUCUCACAGACAACAGAAGACACAUCAAGUGGCAAGAAGAAGACCAAAAACAUGAUGAACAUGCUUUGUGGAAUGAAUUGCUUGUGAAGAAGGUGCUCCCACAAGCAUAUGUGAAGAUCAUCCAAGAUGCCAUCAAACUCUGUCAGCAGUCUACUCUUCCUGUAUCUUCUGUGUACGACCUGUGGCCUGAUGUCACUCAAAUGCAGCACAAAGACAAAUGGCUUGAUAUUGCUGUGGAUGUUUUUCAUCACUUACUCAAUGAGAACAUGGCUGUUCUCUCUCUUGCCAGAGAUGAAACACAGUUUGUCCCUCUAUCAAAAGCUGUGAUACCCUGCAACGGGCCAACAACAGCUGAGACAAUAUCUGCCAUUAAAAGGACUUUAGUUUCCUGCGGGGAAAAUCUUGUGAGUGUACCAGCUACUGUAGUGACAGCCAUUGAGAAGUUUACACACACCAACCCACAGCAUGUAACUCCCCACUUCCUCAGAGUGGUUUUCCACAGGUCUGGUGUUCAUAACAUCAGAAAAGAAGAUAAACUGUGUAUUUUGGAGUACAUAUUGAGCGAUGGAAAAUACAGAGAACUGGAGGGUCUUCAGCUACUUCCUCUCAGUGAUGGAUCUUUCAGAUCUUUCACAAAGAAAGAGGAGGACACUGCUUUGAUUGACAACAGGGAAUUUCCAAGAACACUUCUGCCGUACUGCAAUCACCUCUUCAUCCCCCAUGAUCUACGUUCAACUUGCAGAAACCAUCUGGAAGAACUGGCCAAGUUAGGGGUUUUCCAAGUCAUCAACAUUAAUAAAAAACACAUAGAGCAAUAUACAAGAAAAUUUCUACCACAGGACUGGAAGCAGAUGGAGAAAAGGCUUGUUACUUGGAACACCAACAGAAGUGACCAUCCACCAUUAGAUUGGCUUCGGGGAUUCUGGAGGUUUCUGAACUCUCAUUUCAGUGAGUUAAGCUGCUUCAUGGAAAUACCUCUGAUACCUGUCAGUCCCCUCUCUAACAGUCAGCCUGUAUCACUGGCAAAGCUACAACAGAAGACAACCCUCAUUUUUCAGAACCGAGGACAGAAAAGUUUGCCUGACCAAAUAGCUCAGCUGGUGACCAAAACUGGCGCUACAGUGGUGAGAGGAAAUGAGUGGCUUAAACAUAACGACCUUGAAACUUAUGUCCCUAACCCAUCUCCAAGGAGCAUCAUGAAGGUGUUGAUGAAUUUAGACUCUGGGAAAGUCAUCAGAAUUAUGAAGUCUGAGUCUCAAAAGACAAGAGAAAAUCUGAAAGACUAUUUGUCCCAUCUAAAUGCUCUCUCAGGUCAAGAGAAAGAUUUCCUCAUGAAGCUUCCUCUGUUUCAAACUAUGAGUGGAUCGUUGGUCACAGCUCAAUCAAAGCAGGCUUUGGUUCUAACAUCUGGUCUGAUUAUUCCCUCAGAGUUGCCUGUGCCUGAUUCAAUUAUUCAGUGUGCUACUGAGGCUGAUCACAGACUUUUAAAGCUGCUGAAAGUGAAUUUCUUGAGCUCAGAUGAUGUAGGCAUUAUCCUCAUUGACAGCAUAAAGAACGGUACCUGCAGUAGUCAAGGAGCUGAGAACAUAAUGACUUGGAUUUUGCAGCAUGGUGACAUCCUUUUCUCUCAAAACCAGUAUCUAAAAUGCAAGUGUAAGGAACUGAGAUUCAUUAAAGUAAAGAGAGAGCUGAAACAGGCUGCAGACUUUCUUAGUCCAACAGUUAAAGCCUUUAAGAUGAUCUUUGAGUCAGACAGCUUCCCCCCACCAGUAUACACAGAAAAACAGCAGAUGCUUAAAAACCUGAUAGAUCUUGGAUUGAUAAACAAAGAGGCAGAUUUGACACCAGAGCAUGUGCUCUAUGCCACCACACUGAUCGAAAACCUGAAAGAAAACUCUGAAAGUGAGGCUUUGAAAAGAGCUCAGGUCCUCUUGGAAAUGCUGGAUAAAUAUGAUCUACUGUCAAAGUUUUCUGAUCAGCAACUUCAUCGCCUUAAGAUGAUAAAAUGGAUACCAUGUGAUCAGCCUGGAACUGAAAAACAAAAUAGAUUUGGUAAAUCUACAAAAAGUUGUUUCUGCAGCUCAGAGGAAAUAAGACACACAAUGUAUGAGGAGAUUGUUGGAGAGGUGAUGCCUCUAAUGGGGAAGCUCAGUGAUAGAGUUAACACCAAGCUCGGCCUCAAACGGCUGCCUCCACCUGAGAAAGUGAUUGAGAAUUUGUCAGUGCUGAAAUCAACUGUACGAGACAUGGAUGGUCCUGACACCAAUGUGGAUUUCAAGAAAAAACUUCACAGCAUUUACAGGCACAUGCAGCAAAACAUCUCUGAAUUUGCGGAGUUGAUGAACAGGGAGCCAGACUGGCUGUGGGCCAAUGACAAGUUUGUUUCCCCUUGUGAUUUGGUUCUUAACUACCCUCAGGAUCUGGAUCUGAGCUCUUAUAUUGGGAAGGUACCAAAUGAAUUUUUGCCAUUCAAGAAUCUGCUUCAGAGAUGUGGUCUGAGAACGGCACUUUCGAAUGAAGAAAUUGUUGAUAUUCUUUAUUCUAUCCAGCAAAACAUUGAAGCAAGACGACAGCCUUUUGCAACUUCAGGUGAAGUAAAGGUUUCCAAAGAGAUUCUCAGCUGGUUGUGGAAAACAAAGCAAAGAGUUAAUGAUGACAUCCCAGUGCCAGUUGUUACAGAAGAUGAACAGUUUACCCUGAAACCACAAUCAGAGGCACUUCUCUGUGAUGUAAACAGAAGUAAAUUGAAAGAACUUCAGAUCAGUGAGGAGAAAAUCUAUCUGCUACAUGAAGAAAUACCAAUAGCAACAGCUGAAUGGUUGAAAAUAAGGUUUCUUAGUAACUACAUCCUUGCUCCAGAGUUAAUAGGCAUUGAACAGUGUGGCCAAUCUGAACCGAUAACUAUGAGGAUAAAAAAUAUUCUUAAAGAGUAUGAUGAAGAUGGUGACAUCUUCAAAGAACUCAUUCAGAAUGCAGAGGAUGCUGGAGCUGAUGCCUGUAAAUUCUUGUUAGAUUUCAGAGAACACAAAGAUCCUCCUGAAAGUCUUAUUGAUCCUGACAUGGCCCUAUGUCAGGGACCAUGUCUUUGGGCCUUUAACAAUGAGCGGUUCACAGAUGAUGAUUGGAAGAACAUAGUCAGAGUUGGCUCAGCCUCAAAGGAAAACAAAGUGGAAAAGAUUGGAAAGUUUGGACUUGGAUUCAAUACCGUUUAUCAUGUGACAGAUGUUCCCUCUAUCCUGAGUGGUAACAAACUUCUCAUACUUGACCCAAAUGUAACUCAUUUAGGAAAGCAUAUCCAGCAGAAGGCAAAUCCAGGAAUUAAACUGGAUCUCUCUCAACAGAGACUUUUCCAUUGCUUUCCUGGUCUAUUUGGACCAUAUGAAGGUAUUUUUGACUGUAACUUCACCCAAAAAUGUCCUCCAGAACCUUAUGAUGGCACGCUAAUCAAACUACCUUUCCGAAGUGAGGAAGAAGCUCAGAGAUCAGAAAUAAGCAAAAAGGUAUACCAUGAACAGGAUAUCUUUGUUCUACAGCAGAACUUCAUGAAGAAUUCACAAGCUCAUCUCCUUUUUCUCAGGAACAUCAACAUGUUGUCUCUAAAAAGUAUCUCAAGCAAUGUAUCAACACCACUGAAGGAUGAAGAAAUACCACCCCUUCUGGACAUAGUUAAAACUGUUGAUAAUACAAUGAAGAUUUCAAAUGAGACAUUCAUCAAGAUGCAGCAAAAAGCACAGAAAUCAUUGAUGAAACAUGAUAUUAAAUGCACAAAAGUCAUUGACAGCGCUACAGUCCAAAUUGUCCAGAUAACUAACCAGCAAUCUGGUGAAACUGAAGUACAGUCUUGGCUCAUUUACAACUGCUUUGGCACUGGUCAGUCUCUGGAAAUGGUUCUUAAAGAUAACAAAACAGAAAAGGAGAAAGCUGUAUUCUCCUUGCCCAUUGGAGGGGUUGCUGUGCCUUUGCAACAAGAUACAGAAACAAGAAAAUUAUCUCCUCUACAAACAGAUUUCACUGGACAGGCAUUUUGCUUCCUUCCUCUUCCCAUUCAGACAGGUCUCCCUGUAAAUAUAAAUGGUACAUUUGCUGUAAUGAGCAACAGAAAAGGUCUUUGGGAAAGUGGAGUAAAACACAAGUGGAACAUGGCUCUUCAAGAGGAUCCUGUGCUGAUGGCAUAUAUUACUUCACUUUCUGCACUGAAGAAAAUGUCUGAAAACAAACAACUUGAGGCUUACUGUUAUUACAGCUUUUGGCCUGAGAGAGAGAAAGUGAGUGAUACUUUUAAGCCUUUGGUGGAUGCAUUUUACUCUAAACUUGUACAGUGCUCCAGUGGCCUAGAGCUCUUUUCUGAUGGAGAACACUGGUGCUCAAUGAACAAUGCAAUCUUUCUACAUGAAUGCAUUGAAGAAAAUGCAGAAAUCAGCAGGCUCGCUGCUCAGGUGUGCAAGAAAUACAUGAAAGCACCAAACUUUGUUGUUCCUAUCCCACUGUGGUUAAGAAAGAGCUUCAAACAAGCUGGGCAAGAAAAGGUUUUACAAGACAAGACAUGGACAUGGGAGAAGUUUUACCAAGAGAUGGUGUUCAAAAACCUUGCUACCAUGGACCCUAAGACCAGAGAUACACUUGUGCUGCAUGCUGUGGACCUCGACAUAAAAGAAAUUGACGAUCUGCUAACAUUUUAUCCCUGCAUACCUACAUCAGACGGAGAACUCCAAUAUAUCAAGAAACUUGUCAAUCCCUCUGGAAGAGUGGCCUGUCUUUUUGAGCCAGAUGAAGGACGCUUGCUGGGUGGAACCAAACAAGACUUCGGUUCACCCAGAAGGAUUCAACGGUUGCUGGAACUUGGAAUGGCCAGUGAUCACCUUUCACUAGAGGACAUAACACAUAAAGCAUGCACAAUGACUGAAACCUGGAGAGUUGACAAAAAGAAAGCAUAUAAAAAUGUAAAGUGCCUUCUUGAACUUAUGAAAAACCACCUGAAUGACAAAGAUUCUCCCCACUGGAAAACCUUGAGAAUGACUCCGUUUCUCCCAGCAUUUUCUCCUGGUGACAUAAAGAUGAAUGAAAACACAACGCUCCAACAACCCACAGCAAUUUUCAGUGACAGAUUCCAUUCACUUGUUAAUAUGAUUCAUCCUGUGCUGGAUCAUAAUGAACUAAAAAUACACAACACUGACCCUGUCUUGGACCUUUUAAAAGUUCAGAACAGUCCAGAGCCAGAGACUGUGCUUCAGCAACUGCAAGAAGCCAGUAAGCAUUCACAGUCUUUGGACAGAUCUAUGCUUCACAAAGUAGCAUAUGAGUGCUAUAAGUUUCUAGAUCAGCGGAUCAGUGGUUGUGAGAAUGACACUUUCAUUUCGCAGCAGGCCAAUUCAUUCCCCUUCGUCCUCAUUGGCAGCACAUUUGUUAAUGUCAACUGUGUUGCAGAAAAUGAACAGUUUGAAGCCAAACCCUAUCUCCACGUACUUCCACAUGCCUUUACUAGUUUCAGAAAUCUUUGGGAGACUGUUGGCGUUGGAAAGAAUUUUACCACCACUCAGUUUUUCUCUGUGCUUCAAGAACUUCACUCCCAACAUGAAAACAAAGCACUCCCAGAAAGGGAUUUAUCUAUUUGCCUUACAAUUUUAAUGAAAGGGAUAUUUGAGACAAAAGAAAAACCAACUAAAGAGUGUUUGAUUCCAAAUGAGCAUGGAGUUUUGCAGCCUGCCAAAGAGCUGUUUUACAAUGACAGUCCAUGGAUGCCAGUUGCUUCAGGUAUCACAUUGUGCCAUCAAAAUAUCCCUCGUCCUAUGGCUAUCCACUUUGGAAUCCAAACAACCAGGCAUCACACUCUGGAAGACUGUACAGUUGACAACUUUUCCCCUUUUUCUUUCCAUUUUGAGCAGCAGGAACAACUAACUGUUCGAAUUCAAAACAUAAUUGCAGCAUAUCCAUCGAAGAAAGACAUCCUUAAAGAACUGAUCCAAAAUGCUGAUGAUGCUGAGGCAACAGAAAUUCAUUUCAUAUGGGACAAACGUCAACAUGGCAAAAAAAAAACAUUUGGGGAAAGCUGGAACAGUUUGCAGGGUCCAGCUCUCUGUGUUUUCAACAACAAAGUGUUUUCUGAUGAUGACUUGAAAGGCAUUCAGCAGCUGGGAGAAGGAGGAAAACAAAACUUACAAGGAAAGAUUGGGAAAUAUGGACUUGGUUUCAACUCUGUUUACCACCUGACUGACUGUCCUUCCAUCCUAACUGGAGAUGAUUUACUUUGCAUUUCUGAUCCCAAUCAGAAAUUCAUUGAAAGUCAUUCAGGCAAGCCUCCUCUAGGCAUUGGAUACAAACUAGUUAGUGGUUUCAAAAAGAUGUACACUGAUGUCUAUGAAUCAUUUCUUCCUGAGAAAUUCCCUCUUAAAGAAGGCACCAUGUUCAGAUUACCUCUGAGGACAAAUAUGGCAGCAAAAAGCUCAAAUAUAUCUCAGCAGGAAGUCACUGAGGAUUGUAUGAGGGAACUGUUCUCUGUCCUGUCUGAAGAUUCAGAAGGACUAAUUCUGUUUCUGAAAAACAUCUGCAAGAUUGAAGUUCAUGAACUUGAUACCACUUCCAAGAAUCUUAAAACCACCCUAACUAUUGAAAGAACUCUGCAGCCAGAAAGCAGAGUAAAAAGGGAAACAUUUGCAAAGCAAUUACAGAAUGCACAGCAGUCUAAGAAUCCAGUAACCCGCUGCAAGACCUUCUAUGAAAUGACAGUUUCCACCUCAGAUAAAAGACAAAGUGAAUGGAUUAUUGCUGAACAGUUUGGACCAUUCAAAAACAGUAAUGAACUAAAAGCAGUCAAGAAACUUCCCCAGGGGGCGAUUGCUGCACAUGUAAAGAAAACGUCUGUCCUAAUCACUAAGAAUGAUUUCAAAGGUGCUGCCUUCUGUUCACUCCCAUUGCCUGGAGAAACUGGACUGCCAGUACAUGUGAAUGGAAACUUUGAGGUAGAUGCAAAUAGGAAAAAUCUUUGGAAAGUAGAUGGCCAAAGUGUGAAGUCAGAUUGGAAUGAGAGUUUGAAACAACUAAUAAUUGCUCCACUUUAUGCAGAUCUCUUGCGUUACAUUAGAGAUAAAAUUAAUGUCAAGAAAGGCUUCUUUCAAAGUCUUGGAGUCCAUUUAAGUGAUGCAUACUUGCGCUUUUGGCCAACCAGGAUAAAAAAUGUUGGUCCAGAGUGGCAUGAGAUGAUACAACAUGUGUACAGAGCUAUUAAAGAAAAUGAACUUGAUGUUAUUCCAGUUCUGAAAACCUCAACAUGCAAAACUGCAAGACAGGAAUUGAAAGAAUACUCUCUUGAUUGGUGCAAACUCACAGAAACAGAUCCUGUUCAAGCACCUUACCUGACAGACUCAACAAAUGAAAGGAUCAAUCUCAUUUUGGAAGCUCUUGGAAUGAAACUUGUUCCUGCUUUCACAAAAAUGCCCUGCAUUUGGGAAAGCAUACAGUCAGCUGGGAUUGAAGUGAAAGAAGUCAGUGCUAGUACUGUGCGUAUGUUUUUGCAAGCAAAGGCCAUCAAUGAUCCUACACAAACAGAUGAGGAUUUACCCUUGCCUGUAACUGCUACUCUCAUCCAAAAUGAAAAACAGUGCGCAGAGCUCCUGGAGUUUUGUUUGAACGAUUCCCAGUUAAAGGAAAAUGUAGAGAAUGAUUCCACAUUACUUGAUGGCCUUCCACUUCUUCUUACAAAAGACAAGCUUUUACGAAAGUUUAACUCUAAAUUUCCAAAGCUGAUUUCAAGAUACGACAGGCUUUUUUUUGGCUUUGAAGACAAAUUUGCAGAUCAUGCAAUAAAUGGAAAACACAGUCUUCUGGAAACUUUAAAUCUUGUCAAGAAAUUGACACUUUCAAAUGCAGCAGAAUUCUUGAAACCAAUAAUUCAAAGUCUUCUUCAGGGUUGUGAGGUCAAUCCAGACAAUGGUCUUUAUGUCCCAAAUGAAAAUAUGCUGAAGUGGCUGGAACCACUUUGGUUUUUCAUAACAAGUGAAAUUACAACAGAGACAUCCAGAGCUGAUAAAGAAAGCUUGACAGCAAAGGAUGUGAAAGAACUCUUCAGUGACUGCUGCAUCCUGCCAGUUGUAUAUUCCAGAGGAAACAACAAACAUCUCCUGCAGGCAAUGAAAAACAUGUCAAGUGUAAUUCCACAUGUCUCAGAAAAAGACAUAUCUCCAAUCCUCUGCAAACUUGGUUUUCUAAAACUUGACUAUGUCUUCUCUUCAAAGGUACGUGAACAGUUUAACCAAAUACGCCAUGAACUCUUGGAUGUGAAUAAUAAAAUAUCAGUUCUGGACCAAGCCUGCAAAAUCAACCAAUCAGAGUUCAGGUUCUUGUCAAGUGAGGAGAUGAAAAUGUUUCAGAACUUUUUACAGUCAGAAGUAUCUAUGUCUAAAGAAUACAAGACGAAGCUUAAAUCUUUACCAAUUUUUGAAACAACACUUGGUGAACGAGUAAGGAUUGAUGGACCCCAAGAGGUAUUUAUCCUCAACAGCAGACAUUCAGAGACAUUUCCACACUUGUUCACUCUGUGCAACAGCAACAGCACUAUCCUAAAAUACAACCCAGAAAAUUUUGCUCUGUCACAAAUCGUGGAGAUCAAAGUCCUGAAUGAUCUAGACUAUUUUAUGAAGUUCAUUCUACCAUUUGUACAAACACUUAAAGAGAAAGAUACUCUGGAUUGCUUAAAGCUGAUAUUAUUAAUGAGGUCUGAGUUUGACCUUCCCGAGAACAAGGACAUCAUCAUCUUCUCACUGAAAUCCGUUAAGCUCAUUCAAAGCUCUCUAGGUCGACUUGAGACUGCCUCGUACUACUAUGACGACAGUGUGGAGCUUUACGAGAAAAUGGUUCCCCAACAUAAAUUUGUUCCACAGACAUUUUGGACAGACUUGAGUGAGGGAAAAGAUUAUCAAAGAUUACAAGCAAGAGACCUGAUCAGGGAACUUGGAAUGAAAUAUGAGGUGACCAAUGAUGAAAUAAUCAGUUUUGCACACCAACUGGAAUCAGAAGCAAAAGAAAACAGAAACAUCAAAAUGCUGAAACAGAAGUCAAAACUGCUUUUUGAAAAAGCCUUGAAAAAAGUGGCCACUGACAAAAAUGAAAGGUUGCUGAGAGACAUUGCUGAUAUCAAGUUCAUCUUUCCAGUUAAGAUUAAUGAAGAUCUCUGCAAUUAUUAUCAACCAUUUGCUUCUGAGGACACCACCGUUCAAAUCAGAGGAUCUUUGAUUGAAACAGAUUCUGAACAUCAGGAUUUGAUUUGGUCUUCAAUGCCAAUUAUACAUUUGCCAGUUUACCUCUCAAAGGAUCUCUCACAAAUGAUAAAAAAUGUUGGAACUCACAAACAGCCACCUUCAGAAAAUGUGACCAGAAACAUGAAAAACAUUUGUCAGGCUCCAUGUAAAACUGAUCAGGUCAUCAAAACCCGUGCAGAUGUGUUUCGACAUGCUUAUGCCUACCUGCAAGCCAAUGGCUUUGAUGGACAAUCAUUGUAUGAUCAGCCUGUUGUUUUGGUUGAAAAAGACUUUGAACUUUUUAAAGCUGAUGGUGUGUGCCUUUCACUUUCUCAUGACCUUGAGUUCAGACCUUACUUGUACCCAAUUUCUUCACCAGAUGCCUUGUAUGCAGAGUUCUUUAAGAAAAUUGGUGUGAAGGAGGAAGCCACUGCAGCGCACUACUGUAAUGUCCUAGCAGCUGUUUAUGCUGAUUCUUGUGAUAAAAAAGGUCUGAAUGGACCCCAGUUGAUUACUGUAAAACGAGCAGUUCACCAGUUAUUUCUCUUAAUCAAAGCUCAAAAAGAACAGACCCUCAACGGUGAUGAUCAUACUUUGUACUUUCCUGCAGUUGAUGAAAAGCUGCAUACAUCAAGUUCACUCUACUACAAUGAUACAGUGUUUGAGAUCCAAAGGUUGAAGGAAGGCCUGGAGGAUAAGUUCCUGUUGCUUGAGAAACUCAGUGAAUGUCAUCUGGGCAAUGACAUCUUUGAACAGCAUCGACUGGUGAAAAUGUUACCUCAGAAACUGCAGCCUAAAAUGUUGACUCAGAUCACUGAGGAGAAAGUUGUGGAAUCAAACAUGCAGCCUUGUGAGCUUGGGAAUGGUUGUGAGUUCAGAGGAUGGUUUGAUAAACAUCUCUCCUCAGAAGGAUUCAAAUAUGGACUCAUUUGUCUCCUCAGAGAACAGACUGAGGGUAAAAUAACACAAGAAGAUGCGACAGGCAUGUGUGAGAAAACAUUUGGCAGCAUUCAAAUUGUCUGCUAUAAGUCCCUCAAAACGAUGCUUUGGCUGGAUGAACAACCACUACACAAAACUGCCAGAGAUAUUGAUGUAUUUGUCAGACAAGAGCAACAAGGUCUAACCUUGUUCCUGAAACACAAUGAUGACAUGGCUCCUAAAGUAAUAAACAAAGUUAACAUGAUUUUGACAAAGGGGAUUAAUGCUCUUUUAGGCCACCGAAUUGCAUCAGUUCACCUCCCAGUGCUCGGACAACUUCUCAUGUGUGACAGUCUGCAAGAUGUGAAACAAACUCUGGCUGAUAAUGACAUCCGUGAUAGUGUAAAUAUUGAAAGAAAAACUCUCAGUCCUCCAGAUCCUGGGACAAAUAUUCCAGACGAAUGGCAUGAUUCAUUAGACAUGAGCUUUCUGAACAACUUUGAAGAAGGGGAAUAUGUUGGCUACAGCACAAAUAACAUGUACAUUUAUGCAGUUAUUGUCAAAGAACUUCCUGGUUGCUCUGGAAGAUGUUCCUGGAAAUACAAAAUAGAUAUUGGAGGGGACGAACCAGUAGAAGUCAGCCAUCUUGACCUGUACCAAUUUAAACGAGAAAAAAAGAUUAAAACAAAUGGGGUCAACUGCACUUCGUCUAUGGAGCUGGUUGUGAAGAAUGUGUCACCUUCAUCCCAACCACCGCAAAGUUCUUUACCAACCUCUCUUGGGGAAGCUAAAAGAGAAAUAGACAAAUGUUUGGCUGAGAUUUGGAAUCUUCCUGAAGAGGAGAGAAGGAAAGCUAUCAAGAGACUUUAUCUUAAAUGGCAUCCUGAUAAAAAUCUUGACUGCCAGGACCUCGCCACAGAGGCUUGUAAAUAUUUGCAGAAUCGAAUUAAAGAGCUCAGCAAUCCGUCAAAUUCAAGUAAUUCUUCUAAUUUCAAAGACUUCUACCAGCAAUGGGACCAAGAAGCCAGGCAUCACAGAAGUGGCCGAGAAAGAUUCUUUAGAUCUACUGGCUCUCGUUUUUAUAACUUUUGGAACCAGUACACAAAUAUUCCAAGACCAAACAAAGAAGAGGCCCAACGCUGGUGUAAACAGGCUCGCUGUGAUCUUGAUGCAGCUCAUAAAGACACAAGUGGAGGCAGCACAGAGUGGUGUCUAUUCAAAGUCCAUCAGGCAGUGGAAAAGGCUCUCAUUGCAGCAGAAUAUAAACAUGAUGGUAGACACACCAGCAGCAGCUCAAUUUCAAUCACAGCAGCAAAAGUUUCCGGCUACUACCCUCUACUGAGAGACCUUCCUCAGAUAGUAGCCGAUCUGAAGUCACUGGGAGUGGACGCCAAAAAAACUCAAUACCCCAACUGUCAUCCAUUUCCCCACAUUCCUAAUGGGCAGUUCAGAUCUGAAAAUGGAAUAUUAGCAGUGAACAAGGCAUCUGAGCUACUCAACAAAGUAGAAGCGUAUGUAAAUUAGAUUCUGCAGUUAGAUUGAUAAAAUUUUCUUUUCUGUGUUAGUUUUUUUUAAGUGAUUUCUGCUAAUAUUUCAUUCCUUCUGUUUUGGUAAAGCCUUUAUUGGUGUUGUAAUAUUGAAACAUAAAGAAACAAAAAAUAAUUGUACAAAAUAGACUACUUUUAAUGAGUCUUGUGCAUUUUAUUUCAUGACAGAAAACUUAAAAACUUUGGAUUAUUUUAUAAAAUACUAAUAUCUAACCAUUUUUUUUCAAAUACUGAAUAUGCGCAU